AUGUGCUGCGCCCCUCCUCCUCCGCCUCCACGAGGUGGCAUUUCAGCUGGUCCGGAGGAGUCGUUUCUUUUUCCAUUUCCGCUCUCUCUGCUGAGUCACCUGGUUGGGUGGGCAGGUAGCGACAUUGCUGCAGUGAUGCUGUUGGAAUUGCAGCUGCGAAUUAUCUACUUCUCUCCUCCCUCCUUUUUCCUAUCAUGCUCAAAUGCAAUUCUUUUAAUCUAUGACACCUCAUCAGGUAACAAAUAUGUGAAUGAAUGCCUCACUUUCCUUUUCAUGCUUCAGAUGUUUGUCUCCUUCGAAGUACACCAACCUCUUAGUGAAUUUGCAACACCGUGGCACCGCACACCACAAUUGAGCACCACCACCAUACUGGCCUGUCUCAGUCUCCUCCUUCUACUUUCUCUGACUCCAUCCGUGCCUCCAACACCGCUUAACAGUGCCAUUGUUGCAGCAAUUUUCUCUGGCCUUCAUAUCACCUUUGCCACCACUCGUUUCAUUCAUCUUCCCGCCUCAGUUUCCAACAGCAGCUCGGCGUUCUUCUGGACGAACUUGCUUCCCAACUCCUUGGCAGCUCACCUUGUAUUCGUUUUUCUUGUUUGCUUGUUGCCAUGGCAAACCGCGAAACUACGUCAUUGGACUGAACAGUGGGUUAAGAUUCUUCUUGAGCAAAAGAUUGAUCUAACCGGACGUCGUUUAGCCCUUGAACACUUAUUGGACAAUCAAAUCCCCCGCGCUCAUUUACCAACAGAACCCUCAAACACUCUUGCAGAGUCCUGUACAUAUCCCUCAAGCCUUUCUGACCUCUUCCCACCGCGGGAGCAUCUUGCCACUGGUGUAAUCGCUAUCACUAUACAUGGCAUAGGCAAGGGUGACGAUAUGCUCCAGUAUCAACGAUCACCAAUUCGGAGUGUUGCGCUGAGCCAAUCUAUAACUACCACUGCCACUGCUUCUUCCUCUACCGCUAGUCGUCGAUCGCGCGAGGCAACGGUGAUCGCUGAUGCCGUCCGUCGACUCAACCGUCGCAUUUGCCUGAUUGAUCAAAUGGCUUGUGGUGGUGAUACUGAAACAACUGGAAGCGCAGUGCAUAAAAUAAUUAAAUCACUGUCAAAACCUUCUCUACCUCUUGUUAAAGUUCACUCGGUUGGAAAUUGCGUGGCCUACGCACUCUUGGAUGCAGAUUCAAGGGAUUCAGCAUCGCAGCUAGGUCUCUUCGGUGUCUUUCUCAUCCAACUAUUUGAAGAGUUGGAGCGUCAUUGUCUUCAAAAAUCUAGUGAAGAAUUCCGCAGUGGGGAUGAGGCUCUCGCCUGUCGCCUACAAAUCGGUCUUCACAUCGGUGCCACUUUGAGCGGUGUAGUCGAUGGUCCUCAAUUUCUUCUUCUUCACGAAACCCUCGACUUUGCCCUCCGCCUUGCCAACGCCACUCCCCCUACCCCAAUGGAUCGAUCAUUACUCCUUGCAUCCACCGAUUUCGUCUCCCGUCGGGGUACCGAAUCCCUAGUCGGAGUACAACCAAUUGGCGUUAACAGUGGUGGAGGCAGUAAUAGUGCUUCCGAGGUGUUUCUCUGGACCGUAGAAAUUCAACACAUCCCACGUUUGAUCGCUACUAUGAGGCCAGUCCUCAGCACCGUUAUUCAGCCACCCGUUAUUCGAAAUAGAUCAAAAAAGCCACUCGCGACUCCGCCAAACUUGGAACAUCCUCGGUCUGCUUCCUCAUUGGUUAAUUCAAAUUCUUCCCCUCCACCGCCACCUCCACCACCGCAUAAGCGACACUACGCAGUGGGUGAGGCGCGAUAUCAAAACCAUAGUUCUCCACUCUUGCCGCGACGGGAUCGAAAACUGUCCUCACCGCUUCUACCACCUCGUCACUCCUCUCCGUCCUCUCGGUGGGCUCAAAAAUCUGUUUCCUUGGAUGGCCCUGUUGACGGAGACAAUGUUGAUAGGGCUUGUUUCGCUAUGGCCGAGGUGGAGAUUGUCAACGGUUAUGCUCAACCCACGACUAGGUUGGUGGGAAAUGGGGUGACAGCAUCUCCUUACUGCGUCACCAAGGACACCGGUGGCUAUGCUAACCAUCAAGGUCAUCAACCGAUAUUUGAGCCUCCAAAAGCUGCUAUUGACGUUGCUGCAACCUCGAUCACCUCUUCCGACAAUGUCUUCCUCGCUGUUGAAGGGGCCUGUGAGCGUGUUGAAGCACUGCAAAGUGAAGGAGUCACCAGUUUGUCCUCUGCUUCGCCUACAACCACCGCUAAUACGCAUCAUCAUCAUAGUAACCCUCUCUACACUGACAACGAAUACUAUGAUGAUGAAGAGGAGGAGGUGGCUAAUGGUAAUAUCAUUGAUGGCAUCAAACGGUCGGGCGACGAGAUGUCAGAUGGUUGUCUGGACGCUGGUGUUGAAUGGCUUCAACGAGCUCCAAUGCUAGGCGACUUUAGUGUAUCAGUUAUCUCUUACUUUAUAGCCUCAAAGAAGGCAUUUCAGUAUGUUAUGAUUGAUUUACUGCCGGGUUUGCUUAUUCCUUUUCCAUACAGUAGUGGAUCCAACUUUCCAAACUAUCGGCGCCCCUCCACACCACCUUCCAAUCCACGUCAAACGCUCUACAAUCCACCGAUCGUUGCCGGUGGUGCUGCUCUUGCCAGUAACAAUGGGGAAGUUCAGAGGAGGACUUCUUCAAAGCUGAAUGACAAGGACACCACGUCAAUCGAUUUGUUGAGCACUUGCGCUGUUCCUUCUGCUGCCUGCGACUAUGAAUUUGAAGGUGGAAUAACCGACCUUAGCGUGAACGAUGACGAAGAAGAAGACUUGGAGGCCGAGAUGGCAAACAAUUCGACGCGUGCAGAGUCUGGUGAUGUUCCUUUGUUAAUGGACACUUCGUGGAUGACUUCCACCGAGGGCGGAGGCGGUGUCGAUGGGGUGUCAUCAAAGGCACCGAAAAUGAGUGACUCAUUACUGGUGGAGACUGGAGGUCCAUUGGAGGAUGAUUUCUCGGAAUUCUCGUCCUCUGCUGCCGUCGGCACUGCUGGCAUAGGGGGGGAUGAAGAGGGCUCCUCUUCUGCCCACCUUCUCGCCGCUUAUACAAGUGAUCCGGAUGUUGAUGGUGACAACCACGAAGAAGGCGACGAUUCCGUCUUCCUGCCCCCUGCCUACUUCCCUCUCAUCGAUCAAUCAGGCAAUCAUCAUAGGCGGGGACGUCGUCUGCCUGACAUAGCUCCUGUCCGUCUGCCCAACUUUGCCGCAGUUGCUAAUCAGCAUCCACCAACAUCGUUGUCAGUAAACAAUCAAAUCGUCAAACCACUAUCUCCACCCCUCUUGGUCGAUCUUACCUGUCCUCCUUCUCCUCCUCUUAACAAUCCGUCAUCAAGAGGUGCCACCAGUGGGCAGGAUAUGGCUGAAUACGACAACUUGGAAAACGCCUACUCGGCGGCCGUACCUACUACCUGCAUACCACUGCGACCGAUACUGCAACACGGAGGUUGGCGGCCGAGAGACGUGCGUGGCCACCGACGUGGAAGUCUACUUCCUCGAAGAACUGAUAAUCCCUAUCAACUCCACCUUCGUCUCAAUGCACACAUUGUGGAUGAAGCGCGUCGAAUAUGUCAGCGCCUUCAUGCCAUGGGAUGGCAGUCAGCGCUGUCGUUGCAGACACAGUCAUCGCCUUCUGCUUCCAGUUCGGAAGGCCUCUCGAAUACCAACCGUCCUAACGAGGCAUUGCAUGGAAAAGCUAUUCUACUUCUUCCACCACCACCACCACCGCCACCGCCAUCGAUACCACCACCCUCGAUGCAUCCAUUUAUACGAACUCCCAAAAGGGGAGAUUAUGUGAAUUCGCACAGUCUUCUUAGACGUCUUCAAGGUUUUGACAGUGGAACUGUUACCACAGUCACUUCGCAAAUAGAUGAUGAUCAAUUGACUGAUGACGGAACUUUUGAUAGCGAAUUCCUCGAUGAUGGAGAAGGAAAUACGGCGAAUGGGGAACCUCAGAGUGGCUCGUUUUUGAUCCCUGCAGAUCUUUGGCUUGAUGUCGGUCGACCGCGUUCCCUAAGCAACGACUGUCUCCUAGCCCAUCACGACAGUGAAAAUGACGAGGACAUGGAUGGUUUUUCCCACCGUUCUCAUCCACGUCGUGGAGGAGGUAUCCUUGCUCGUGACCUCAUUCUUCGUAGAGCAGCAAAUGUCCGCCAGCUCCUUCCCCUCGAAUUGCAGCCAUUCAUGAUGCCAGGGUGCUUCAGCAGUGUCUCUGCCGCUACCACCACCACCUACGCCAAAAGCGGUGCUAAUGCUGCCGCCCCGUUCCAGCAUCCUGGUGACCGAAGUGGACAUAGGCGUCAACGUGGACGACGUCGUCACCUCCUUGUGGCAGUACGUGGAGGUGUAAAGAGGUCCUCUAGUGAUCCUCUUCUUCCAAGUGGUGCAGCUGCCAAUUUGGAUGUCAGCCUUAUUUGA